AUGGCCUCUAAUUACCGCGUUAUUGAACCGCACCCUUCGGUGCCUCACUGCACUCGCCCGGCUGUCUAUACUGGACGCGGUGGCUCAGGCAACAUUGUCAGCCUCAAGAACACCAAGACUACCGAGUCGCGCACCGCAACCGGUCCUGCUUCGCUGACCCGCCUGGACUCUCGCGCUCCAUCAACCUUCACCACCGGUCGUGGUGGUGCCGGCAAUGUCCACAGCAGCUCUGAGCGCGCCAUCUUCAGCUUCGACGAAGAACUCGAACGUGACACCCGCCGCGCUGCACCAGUUUACCACGUUGGUCGUGGUGGUGCCGGUAACAUGAUCUACCGCGACGACGCGAGCAGCAAUUUCAGCCUCACUCGCAAGUACUCCGCCGCCAGCACUGCCACCAACAGCUCCUCCGGUUCUGUGGCCGAUCGCGCUCGCGAUAUGGCCCGUCGUGGUCUGGAGAAGGGCUGGGGCAAGCUCAAGGGUACCGCAUAG